AUGAGCGCGUUGGAUCGACCUCUUCCUAUGGCCUGCUGGGAGGAAGAAAAGGACAAGGAUUACUGCCUUGUUUACGAUUUCAUGUCAUCGAUCUUAAACGCGGAGUUGUUAGCCAUGAGGAGGAGUCUUUACGAAAAAGGCCUUCAACUGAAGCAAAGCCAUUCCUGUAUUUGUAGCUUUCCACUGGAGAAAACGUUUCAGGAGAAAGACAGUGGCAAAGAUGACAACCAAUCUUACAAGUUCGGUGCGUUUGACUUCUCGGAAGUACACCGUGAGCGCGCUCUGAAGGCGGGAAAACUGAACAAAGCCGAUAAAGGCAGACGAUGGAGAAGGAAACAUUUCUGGACAAAAACUGCUUGA